ACAUAGACCUGAGGAGAUCCUGAUGCUGGAGGAGAGAGAUAAAAUUGCCUUCUCUGGAGGAAGAUCAGAUUUUAAAACAUUGUCCUGGCUGAAACUUAGAGCUGUGAGCUUGCUUAAGCAGAGGCUGAAAUCUUUGCCAAAUUAAGGCUUCAGGCAUGGCUGCAUCCCCUCAGGCCUUGUUUUCCUUGCUGCUUCUGGGCCUGUUCAGCAAUAUUGGGAGAGCACAGAGAAAUCCUGAGGUAUUCUGUGGAGCAUGUAAGGCUCUUGCUGAUGAGUUGGAGUAUGAGAUCAAGAAAAUUGGACCAAGAAGGACUGUAAAUUCGGGGACAUUUCGAAUCAACCCUGAUGGCACACGAGGGAAAAAAAAGAUUCCUUUUGCAAAGUCAGAGACCUUCUUAACAGACAUUUUGGAAAAUAUAUGCGAUCGGAUGAAUGAUUACAAACUUGAGGAUGAUCCUGUAACUAAGAAAAAGAUAUUCAAGAGAUAUGCUCCGAGGAAGGAUGAGGAAAUAUAUCCAAUAUAUAAACAAUAUUUCUUUUAUUCUGAUGCUUAUAAACCCUUGAAAUAUGCGUGUGAAACUAUCAUAGAACAGUAUGAAGAUGAAAUAUUCUCAGUUAUCACUCGGGAGUCACACUCUCUUGCUGACAAGCUGUGCAUUGAAAAAUCAGGUCUUUGUCAAGAAGAUGAGACGCAUAGUGAACUCUAAAAGGCAACAAACUUAUUAUUAUUGUUGUUGUUAUUAUUAUUAUCAACAUCUGGAUGAAGAAUAUAAAUUAAAAUAAUUCUAUUCUUUACCUUCCAUUAAUCUUCAUAACAAACCUUCAUAUAGACUGCUAAAUUAACAUGCCUGUUUGUCUUGUCUAUUUCGGAUAUUGGACUGAGUUAGUGGGGAAAAGCCUGCAGCUUAUAAAGCUGCUGUGUCAGUUGUACUCAAAACCCUGCACUUUUCAUAGAAGAAACUGUUAAUUAUGGGUAAAAUUGCCGUUUCAAAUCUAUGUGAGUUGUACUUUUCCAAAACCUGCUGAUUUAUUUUCUGUAGCUUUAGAUCAAUGCUAGGGCAGUUUUCUAAGCCAGAAUGGGACAAUUCACUGAAGCCAACUCUUUACGGCCAAUUCACCAUGGCCAACUCACCACAGAUAACUCACUGAGAGACAACUUGGCAUGGCCAACUCACCACAGGGCAAUUUGCUGUGGGACAAUUCAACAAUUCAA